AAUUUUUUCCUCUCAACCGCCGCCGGCGAUAUCAAGUCCAGAUCCUUCUAGGAGGUCACUAUCUUGCUUGCGAUUACCGGUAUCGGGUUUAUUGACCCUUCUCGUGCUCCUAUCAUCCACCCUGGCCUCUCUUCCCUUCCGGUUCAAAGGGUCCAGCGGAGCCAACAUGGCGCCCACCCCGACGGUGCAGCAUCACCACCGAUCCACCACCAAAUCCUCCAACAAGCCCUACAAGACCCGCCAUGCCUCCAAGAGCGCGCUGAAGGAUAAGGCCAAGGGCAAAGUCGAACGACAAGAGCGGGGCACCCGCAAGACCCCUCACCAGCAGCUCAAGUCCAAACUCGAUCGCCGGAACCAGGCUCGUCAGAAGCAGCAAUUGAAGCACCAGGAGAAGGCCCAGUCGGUCAGCAUCUUCUCCGGCCAGAAUGGUGCCCCGCGCCAUGUGGCUGUUGUGCCGCUUUCCGUCGACAUCGAUGUGGCCGCCAUCAUCAAGGCCUUGAACGAGAGUGUCGAUGUUUCCGCCGAGAUCUCCCCCGAUACCGCCACUCGUGUGCGCGUCGACCGCUUCCGACAGACCUUGCAGUACAUUCCGGCGAAGUAUGACUUGAUGAACGCAAUGGAUGUGUGCCGGAUGGCGGAUUUCGUGGUUCUGGCGCUCUCCGCUCAGGUCGAGGUGGAGGAACAAGGAGAGUUGCUGCUGAGGUCGAUCGAGGGCCAGGGUAUCUCGAACGUUAUUGCCGUGGUUCAGGGUCUGGACCAAAUAAACCCGGCCAAGAAACGCCCGCAGGUGGCCGCUUCUCUCAAGUCUUUCGCGAACCACUUUUUCCCCUCCGUUGAAAAGGUUCUCUCGAUGGACUCUCGCCAGGAGUGCUCCAACGCCAUCCGGUCUCUCUGCACAGCAACCCCCAAGGGCAUCCGCUGGCGUGAUGAGCGGAGCUGGAUGCUCGUUGAGGAUGUCCAGUGGCCGGAAAGCAGCGCGGAGGUGGUGGACGAUGUUGUUAUCACUGGUGUUGUCCGUGGAAAGGGCUUGAAGGCAGACCGCCUGGUCCACAUCCCCAGCUGGGGUGACUUUCAGAUUGGUUCGAUCACAGCAGCACCUCUUGCGACUGCCCGUGCUAAGCGUGACGAUGCUAUGAAUCUCGACGAGACUGAGACUACGCAGCUUUUGGAUACACCCACUGCGGACUGCGAUGAUAUCGCCACCGUGGCACCCGAGGAGAUUGAAAUGGAGGAUGACAACUUCUCCGUUGUCGAGGAAGAGCGCAAGGGUGUUCUUCUGGACGACCAUCACUACUUUUCCGACGACGACUCUCACAUCCCCGCCAAGCCCAAGAGGCUACCGAAGGGAACCUCCGAGUACCAAUCAGCCUGGUUCUUGGACGACGUGUCCGACUCCGGCUCUGACAUGGAGGACGAGGAGGAUGAAGAGAUGGAAAUGGACACCGCAGGAGCGCCGGAAGAUGGUGUCUUCCCAGACAACAGGGAUGCCAUGACGGAGGGUGGCCCGUCGGAGUAUCCCCAAUCAGAAAUGUUCGUGGACCAGUCGCCAGAGGACGACGCCAAAGACUUGGAGGAAUUCCGUGCAAGCCGCAGAAAUGAGGCUAACGAGGAUCUGGAAUUCCCUGACGAAAUUGAACUUCAUCCGAACGUUCUCGCCCGGGAGCGUCUGGCCCGUUUCAGAGGCCUGAAGAGCUUCAAGACUAGCCCGUGGGAGACAUCAGAGGAUCGUGCCCACGAGCCGGAAGAUUGGCGCCGUCUGCUCCAGUUCGCCGACUACAAGGGAUCCAGGAACAAGUUCCUCCGGGAAGCCCUCGUGGGAGGUGUCAACCCGGGUGUGCGCGUCGACGUUCAUCUGCGCGCAGUGCCCACCACGCUCCGCAGCCGGCCGCAGCCAGUGUCCCUCUUCUCGUUGCUCCGUCAUGAGCACAAGCACACCGUUGUCAACAUCAACAUGCACCUGAACUCCAACGUCGAGGAACCCUUGAAGUCCAAGGAGCAGCUCGUCAUUCAGUGCGGACCUCGUCGCCUCGUUGUCAACCCCAUCUUCUCCGCGGGCGACAACACGCCGAACAACUUGCACAAGUUCGACCGCUUCCUCCACCCUGGUCGCAGUGCCGUCGCCUCCUGGGUUGGUCCUCUCACCUGGGGCGCCGUGCCCGUCCUGGUCUUCAAGAACAAGUCUGUGCAGGACCCCGAGGUUCUCGACUCGGCCGAAGAGGAGCCCAGCUUCGAUCAGCUCGAGCUCAUCGGAAACGGUACCGUCAUCGCCCCCGACCAGUCCCGCGUUGUCGCCAAGCGCGCCAUCCUCACCGGUCACCCCUACAAGAUCCACAAGCGUGUGGUCACCGUUCGUUACAUGUUCUUCAACGCCGAGGACAUCCAGUGGUUCAAGGCCCUCCAGCUCUGGACCAGACGUGGGCGCAGUGGAUACAUCAAGGAAUCUCUCGGUACGCAUGGUUACUUCAAGGCUACGUUCGACGCCAAGAUCAACCCACAAGACUCGAUCGGUAUCAGCUUGUACAAGCGCGUCUUCCCUCGCAAGGCUCGCGCUCUGGAAGAUGUACUCUACUAGAGAAGAUCUGGGGGGUUGUCAUGUGUUCUGCUUUGGGGGCCGUUGGAUUUGGCAUAUGACAUGGCAUGCAUGUUCGCUGCAGGAACGGCCGAUAUAGAUACAUACAUACUUCAUACUUAUGAUACCACAAAAGUCGCUUCGCAUGAAUUGAUGAAUUGUUUAACCGGAUCAUGCUGAUGUUAAUUUAGAGGUUAUAUUCGGAGUC